UUGUCCGCCGGUAGAUGAGUGAUGGAGGGCCGAAGGAUGAAGGACGGUGGUCUCGGGGAUCUGAUGCGGUCGUGAUGAACCCGUUUGACGGCUCCGAGGAUGCGGACCGCGGUGCCUGCCGGGGCCCUUGGGCCCGGUUCUCCUCCUGGUUAGAGUGCGUGUGUGUCGUUACCUUCGACCUCGAGCUCGGACAAGCCAUAGAGCUGGUGUAUCCUCAGGAUGUGAAACUCACUGAGAAGGAGAAAACCAGCAUCUGCUACCUGUCCUUCCCAGACUCGUACUCAGGAUGCCUUGGGGACACUCAGUUCAGCUUCAGGUUGCGUCAGUCGGUCGGCCGCCGAGCGUGGAGGCUCAGAGAAGAUGUUUACAACAGAGACGCCCCGGCCACGCUGCAGACCGAAGCGUCCCAUUUCUUCGGUUACGUCUACUUCAGACAGGUGAAGGAUGUUUCUGUGAGGAGAGGAUACUUCCAGAAGUCUCUGGUGCUGGUAUCCAGGUUACCGUAUUAUGGGCUGUUCCACUCGCUGCUGCAGGUCGUUGCUCCCGAGUUCUUUGAGAAGCUGCAGCCGUGUCUGGAAGCAGUGUGCAGCGAGAUCGACCAAUGGCCUUCCCCUGUUCCUGGACAGACGCUCCACCUGCCGCUAAUGGGCGGGGUUUUACAGGUGAGGGGCGGGGUCUUACAGGUUCGGAUUCCUUCCAAAACAGACAAACCAGGAGGAAGUCCAGUCAGACAGACUGAUAGACAGAACGUGCUGCCGGCUCCGACUGUGCUGCCCUCCGUCCACGAACUGGACCUCUUCAAGUGUUUCCAGCCGGUCCUUGUUCACCUUCAGAUGUUGUGGGAGCUCGUGUUGCUAGGGGAACCACUGGUCGUCAUGGCGCCGUCUCCCACCGUCUCCUCGGAAACCGUGCUGGCUCUCAUCAGCAUCAUCAGCCCUCUGAGGUUCUGCUGUGACUUCCGUCCGUACUUCACCGUCCACGACAGCGAGUUCAGAGAGUUCACCACCAGGACCCAGGCCCCGCCUAGCGUGGUCCUGGGCGUCACCAAUCCAUUCUUCAUCAAGACGUUUCAGAACUGGCCGCACAUCGUCCGCCUCGGAGAAACCAAGAUGGCCGGUGAUUUACCCAAACAGGUGAAGGUGAAGAAACUGUCCAAACUGAAAACUCUGGACACCAAACCAGGCGUCUACACAGCGUUCAAGACGUUUCUACACAAAGACAAGUUUCUGAUUAAAAGACUGCUGAAGGGGAUUCAGAGGAAGCGUCCGUCGGAGGCUCAGAGCGCCAUCUUGAGCCGCCACCUGUUGGAGCUCACGCAGAGUUUCAUCAUCCCACUGGAGCGCUACAUGGCGAGCCUGAUGCCUCUGCAGAGGUCGGUGACACCGUGGAAGACUCCCCCUCAGAUCCGUCCCUUCAGUCAGGAAGACUUCAUGUCCACUCUGGACCACACGGGGCCUCAGCUGACCUCAGGGCUCAAAGGGGAUUGGACAGGACUCUACAGGAAGUUCUUCCGCUCUCCGAACUUUGACGGCUGGUAUCGGCAUCGCCACAAAGAGAUGACGCAGAAACUGGAGAGUCUUCACCUGGAGGUCCUCUGUGACGCCGAUCUGAUUGGUUGGACCAGAGAAAAGUCUGAGGUGGAAAUCGUCGACUUGAUUCUGAAGCUCAGAGAGAAACUCAGUAAAGCUCGGCGCCAGCAGCUGCAGGUGAAGGACGGCGUUUUGGAGAAACUGGACGGAUUCAUCGCCGUGGUUACUGGGUCGCUGCCCGCAGAUCUGCACACGGUACUCAACACGCAAUGAUCAUGUGACUCAACACGCGCUGAUCACGUGACUCAACACGCAAUGAUCAUGUGACUCAACACUCGCUGAUCACGUGACUCAACACUCGCUGAUCACGUGACUCAUUACAUUUAAUGUUUUUCAUUUUCAGCGUCGUGUUUCAUAUUAUUUAAGAUUUAUAAAACCAUUUUUUUUCGUUUAAAACUAAAAGUUAAAGGGUCAUUUUGUUUAGUUUGUCCCACCCUGGACUCUCUGUCUCCAUGUGUGUGUGUCUGAGUGUCUGAUGAGAACA